AUGGAGGCUGCUGAGUCUGAAGCCGGUGCAAAAAAUCAUCUAAAUAAUGUUUUGUCAGAGGAAGAAUUGGCUAAUAUACCUAGCCCAGUUGCAGAGAAAAUCAACACUUAUAUUGAUAAGACAUUUGAAGAAUAUUUGACAGCCAAAGCGUUACAUGAAGCUAACAGAACCCAGAUAGGUGAUAAAGCAGCAACAUUAGAAGCUCAAGUUCUUGAAGUAACUGCUAAAUAUGAAGAUGCACAAAAAAAACUUUCCACAUCUGAUUUGACAAUCACUGAAUUGAAUCAAAAAGUACAAGCAUUGAACACAGAAUUAGAGAAAGCACGAGAGAAAAUAAGUCGUAUGGAAAAUGAAAUUAUUUCUAUUAAAAGUUCAAGAGAUGCUGCUGUUGAUGAAAGAAAUGACUUAACAAGAAUAUUGCAAAGGCGUGAUGUUGAAUUUGAAAGAUUAAGUGCAAAUGAAGUUUCACUAAGUCAACAAUUACGUGCAGCAAUUGAUAGCAAAUGUGAAGCUUUAGCGUUCAAUGAUGAAAUACAGAGUAAAGAACUAUCUUUACAGUAUCGCGAAAAGCGUAUUGAACAGGAGAGAUCACUACUUAAUUCACAAAUUGCUGGUCUGACAGAUGAGGUUAAUCGACUUACUUCUGAAUUACAAACUGUCCGGUUAAAUAAUACUAGUCGAUUAAUAAGUUUGGAAACUCAAUUAGCUGAAAAAGUUGAGGAGUUGAACUCUGCCAACGAAACAAUAACUCAACUUAAUGAAGUUAAGAAAAACUUAAAUAAUCGAGCUGAAAACCUUACUCAGCGCCUAAUGGAACAAAGAGAAAUAGAAAAUAAAAUGACUGAAAAUUAUAAAAAAGAAUUGGAAGCUAAAACUAAACUGGCGGACUUAUUUAAGACUAUGCAUGACGAUGCUGAAUCUAAAACCUUAGAAAUGACAGAAGGUAUCACGGAACUACAAAAGUUAUUGAAUGAAGCAACUGAGAAAUAUGGAGAUUUGGAAACAAAACACAAACAAGCCGAAGUAGAUCAUGAAGAAUCGAUGGAAAAGAAAAAUGAAGUUAUUGCUUCUUUAAAGAAUGAAUUAGAACAGGCAAAUGAUUUGAUAAAAGCUGCUAGUGCCCGAAAUCUCGAUUCAGCUUUGAGUGACUUAGCUCCGUCAGCGGCAACAGCUAGUAAACUUUUAAAAUCAGGCAUGUCUCUUACACAAAUCUAUUCACAACUUGUUAAGGUCACUGAUGAACUUGCUCAAGAAAAAGAAGAAAACAGACGUCUCAAUAUCACUAUUAACACAAUUGUUCAAGAAUUAGAAGAAAAAGCACCAUUGUUACAGAAACAAAAAGCUGAAUUUGAUGAAGCGUUAGAAACCAAUGCAGCCUUAUCUCAACAAAUAGAUUCUCUUGUUAUUGAAUGUAAUAGACUUCGCGAUGACUACAAUGAAUCGUCUAAAAUUUCAAAUCACUAUAGUCGUGAAAAUACCAAAUUAAAAGGUGAAUUAGCUGAUUUAGGCAGGCAGGUUUGUUUCUUAUUAAAAGAAAUUGAGCAUAUUCGUGGAGGUAAUUUACCCAAUGGUGAUCAUGAUUCGUCACAGACAACUUCUAAUACUACAAAUUCUUCCGAUUUGAGUUCAUCACGUAUUAUUUCUAAAACAUUGGUAACAUUCAGUGAUAUACAAGAAUUGCAAUCCAAUAAUCAGAAGCUAUUGAGAAUGAUUCGUGACAUGACUGAAAAGCAGGAAGAAUUUGAACGACAUAAGGAACAGUUUGAGACUGGAGAAUUGCAAUCUAAAAUUGAAUCAUUAAAAAAUAGAGUGGUUGAAUUAACUGAAGCUCAAGAUAGACAAACUAAAAUGGUGAAUGGUUUGAUCAGACAAAGAGACAUGUUUAAGAAACUGUAUCAUGAUAACAUGAAAGGUAAAAGACAUGAAUUAUCUGCUUAUGAAAUUGCAGAGCUAGAAAAGAGUGGAAUGUAUUCAAUGGAUGUACAAUCCCCAGAAGCUUUAAGUAAGCCUCCUACGCCAGAAAUAUCUUCAUUUGAAAUACGAUAUAAAGAAACUGAAAAACAUCUGGAACUGUUAAAGGAAGAAUAUAAAACUUACAAGGAAGAGAAAGUAACAAAUGAAAGAAUGUUGUUCGAACAAAUUGAUAACAUGAGACAAGAGAUAGCGAGACUUACAGCUGCAAAUAGCAAAUGUGCUUCAACUUCAGAAUACAACAACGAAAGGCUGAAAAUAUUACAAACAAACGUAACAACCUAUAAGAAACAGAUUACUUCCUUAGAAGAAAAGAACAAAGCAUAUAAUGCAACAAUUGCUAAACAUGAAGUAUCCUUACAACAUUUAAGAGACGAAGCUUUAAAUGCCCAAAGUAAGCUAGCUGCAGCUGAAAUACAAUUAGAAAAUUUAAAGCUGGAACUAAAACUUCUCAAAGACGCGGAGGCUCGUCUUCAAACUGAGAAAGAAAUGCUUAACAGAGAAAGACAAGGCCAAUCACUUUUAUUAAAAAAUUUGGAAUUGAUCAAGGCUAGUUUAGAACGCGUUGAAGCCGAAAAUCGAGUGAAAUUAGAGUCAAGACUAGAUGAAGCUACUAGAGAAUGUUCAGCACUGAGACGGAGAUUGCAAGAAGAACAAGAUCGGUUUAGAGAGUUAGCAGCUCACUUAGAACGACAAACAAACACUGCAAAAGAGCGUAUGACAGAAGAAAAAGCUGCUGCAGAUAUACUAAGAAAAGACAUUGCAGAAAUAAGGCAAAGCUUGACUGAAAAAGACAAAGCUCAUGAAGAAUUGGCCAAAAAACUUAAAAUGGCCCUUUCUCCUAAUACAGAUGGAUCAUUGGAUACAGUGAAAAAAAUUAGAGAUUUAGAGAAUAAAUUAUCUGAUAAACAAAAUGAAGUUAAAUCACUACAAGAACAACUUGAGGUAGCUAAAGAACACAUAAAACAAUAUUGUGACAUAUCAGAAAAUGCUGAAAAAGAAUUAAAAUCUCUUAGCAGCGAGUAUGAAGCCUAUAAAACAGAAACUGAAGCUAAACUGACUGCUUACACUAGCAAGUUGCAAACUUUGGAAGAUAAGUGUUCUGAACUAGAAGCUGAAUUAUCUCUACAUGCAAAUGGAGAACAUUCCAAUAGCAACACACUAUUGAAGAAUGAAUUGUCGAAUGUAAAAGAGGAAUUAAAGAUUGUUCUAGCAAAUAUGGAGGGGUAUCGUUCUGAACUAGAAACUGCACGAUCCGAGAUGACCACAUUAUCUGAAGCAGCACAAAAUGCUGAAGAAAAGUAUACACAUGAAAUGAUUUUGCAUUCUUCUGAUAUACAGGCGCUAUCUCGAGUAAAGGAAGAACUUCAAACGUCACAGAAUCAGAUAAAUGAAUUGAUAGCCCUGAGGAAUCGCGCUGUCGACGAACUUGAAACUGAAAAGAAAUCAUGGCUCGAACGAGAGCGGAUUUUGUUAAGUGAAAAUGAACAACUAACAGAGCGCUUGAAAAACUUAAAUGAUCAGAAUUCUUUAUUACAUGAUCAAAUACAGGCUUUAGGUACACAGCUUUCGGUGACUCAUGCCUCUAGAUCUCGGAAUGAAAGUAUGAAUGAGUCUGCAAAUGAGUCAAAUAUGAAUAUAUCUAUUGGCGAAGAUGAUGGAAAAUCAUCUGAACAACUAUUCCAAAUUGUUAAAUUCCUGAGAAAAGAGAAAGAUAUUGCUAUGGCUAAAUUCGACAUUUUGCAAGCCGAAACUAUGCGGCUCAAAUCGCAGUUAGAGAUUGCCGAAAAACAACUAGACGACACAAAAUUGUCUUUGGCAGCAGAAAGAGAAAAAUCAGAAGUAAGCAUGGUAACAGUAAAUAAACAGUCUGACGUAUUACGAAAAGUUGAGACUUUGAAUGCUUUAACAGAUAGCAACAGAAUUUUAAGGGAAGAACGUGACAGCUUGUCCACUCGAGUAGAAGAACUUGUCGCGGCAGCAAAAGCAACAGAAUCGUUGUUAGCACCACUACAAGAUAAAAUUUCAGAUUUAUCAUCGAAAAAUGAAACGUUACAGUCUGAAAAUAACGCUCUGAAAGCUGACUGUGCUAGAUGGCGAACUAGAGUAAAUGCUUUAGUUGAACGCGCAAACAAAACAAGCCCAGAAGAUUGGAAACGUCUUCAAAAUGAAAGGGAAACUUUAGCGAAAAUGUUGACGAAUGAAAAAGAAAAUGUUAGAAAACUAACUGAAGAACUCAGUGCUGUUAAAGUAGAAAAGACUAAAAUAGAAGAACAAUAUACAUUAGUAUCGCGUCAACAAAAUGCUUUAGCGGAAGAUAAUAAAAAACUUAACGAAGAGUUGCAAACCCUCAAAGAUGACAUGGCUCGAAUUACGGAAGAGAUAACUAAAUUGAAGGCUGAGCAGUCUUCCCUCAUGACCACAAAUACAAAAUUGAAUGAAGAACUUACUAGCAAAGAUGCUUCGUUAACUGAUAUAAGAAAUAAAGAAAAUCAAAUAAGAAAAAUUGCCAAGAAAUACAAAGGUCAGUAUGAAGAGUUGAUGAAGACUGUUGAAGAAGAUAAGAAAAAGAAUGAAGGCGAUGUUGCUGCAGCAGAUGCUGCAAUAACUGAGACUACUAAGAAGUUCGAAGAACAAAUAGCUGAGCUGCAAGCGAAAUUGGAAAGUGAAAAAGUAAAUAUGGAAAAGUUAAAGCAAGAACUUGAAUCACUCAGAACUGCCAAUAUGGAGAAAGAAGAAAAAUCAAAACAAGUACUGAAGCAAGCUAAAAGUAAAAUUGUUCAGCUUACAGAAAUGAAAAAUACUUUGAGCCGUGAAUUGGAUGAGUGUCGCAGUAAGAUAGGUGCUCUUGAGCAAAGCACUCGUGACGAACAAGAUGUCAGAGUAGCCCUCAUAAAGUCGCAAUACGAAGGUCGUCUAUCACGACUGGAAAAAGAGCGAAGUGAAUCUCAAGCAGAAAAAACAAGGGAGAUUGAGACUUUACAUCAAAAAGUGACUAUGCUUCAGCGGCAGUUGGCUAAUCAAGCUUCAGCAUCAAAACAACAAGCAGCACAAGAAAAAUCGACUACAGAUCCACCUACUGCUAACAUAAAACCAAUGGCAGGAGUAGCUCAGCAAAGCGUGUCUGCAAGUCGACGUGGUGGUGAGACGCCGCUGGCGUCUAUUCGACCGAUGGCACAGGUUGGACCCACGGCGCCGCAUGAUGCACACACUACUGAAUACAUGCCUGCCUCUUCCUCGCGACCUCUACCUCGUGCCGCUGUUGCAGCUUCUACUGCACCACCGGAGUCCACACAGGACAUGGAUACGAGUGAGGCAGGCAUGGGUAGUUCGGGGUCUAGUGAUAGCACUGCACAACCAUCGUCACACACACAACAACCACAACAGGCGGUGGCAAUGGUAAUGCCUCGUAUUGAACAACCGACUGCCGCAGCAUCGGGCAGUGUUACCGGAGUGCCGGCAGCUAGCUCGGCAGCCAGUGUAUCUGCCACACCCAGUGUCCCAACCCCGACUGCGUCAGCUUCUCCUUUAGUCGGUCCAACAGGCACGGGAAUUUCGGGUAUAGGUUCUCAAACUUCUGGAAGUGUCAGCACGUCGCAUGCGCCACCUGGCGUAAGCACUUCGCAGCCAGCUGCCGGCGUCAGUACAUCCCAAGCACCCGUUGGUGUCAGUACCUCGCAGGCACCGCCUGGAGUAAGCACUUCGCACACGGCUCCUGGGGUUAGCACGUCCAACGCGCCGCCCGGGGUCAGCACAUCUAAUGCACCUCCCGGCGUCAGUACUUCUCAUGCGCCGCCAGAGUCUCGCCCACCCAAGCGCCGUCUUCAACAGCGGCCAUUAGCAGCUAAAAGAACUAGGGUACAAGGAUUCGAACGUUCUGUGGAAGUAGAAUACCAAGUACCAACAUCGUCGCGCUGUGACCAAGACGACGAAGGCGUUAUUGUUGUUGACUCCGAGGAAGAUGACGAGCGAUGCACUGGCACUAUGUAUAGGGAAGGUGAAGAAGAUGAAGACGAUAUGGAUGAGGAACAGGAUGUAGAAGGUGGUGAAGAAGAAGAUGAAGCUGAAGGAGAAGACGUCGAAAAUGCAGUUCCUCAGGAAUCUCCGGCGCAAUCUCCGGAAGCGGGCGAAGAAGGCGAGGAGGGUGCGGAUAGCGAAAUGCAGCCCAGCGCUUCCGCAGCGGCUGAGGCCGACAGCGAACCCGCGCCUGCGCCCCAACCUGCGCCUCAGCCUGCUCACCAGCAGAUUGAAGCCAUCAGUAGUGGGACUGAACCGAGUGGAACGUUAUCACUAGGCGGCAACGGAGGUGACGACGGUGACGACAGCAUAGUCCCAUCUACGCCUACUCUCUACGUUCCGAGACGCAACGACGGGUUCGGCGAGGCGGUGGUGUCGCCGCAGGGCGCGGGCGCGGGCGCGGCGCGCUUCACGUUCGCAGAGGCGGGCGCGGGCGCGGCGCUGGCGGCGCACCACGACACGCACGCUGACCUGGCCGCCGCGCUGCCUCCCGCCGCGCCGCCCUCCGACGCGCGUGCCGAGGGAGCCGAAACUCGGGAUUGGGAGGAGUCAAGGGUAGAGGAAGAAGCGACAGCAGUGAGUUCUCAGGGCAGUGAACCAUCCUCUCCACAUCAACAGAUAGCGGAGGAAGGGCGUGAAGCAGAGGCUAGUGCUCCUACAGGCGUGGCCCGUCGUGCUCAUCCUCCAGCACAUGCACAUUCGCCUCAUUCACCACACUCACAGAAUCAGCGAUGGAUGCGUGCCGCUGACAGCGAGAGUGGACCACGUGGGCGUGGCAUGCGACGUGGACGACCUUCCAGAAGAUCGCAUAAUUACAUGAGGUUUUAG